GCCGGCUGACGCGCGCCUCAGUCAGAGCCUCAGCCGCGCGGGCGCAAGGAACGGCGCGGGGCUGCCGGAGGCUACAGCUUCGUCGGGGACGGACGACACCGGCGCUCAGGGUCGCGGGCAGCCGCGCGUGGGCCGGGCGGUGGGCGCGGCGGAAGAACAAAGCUUUGUGAUAUUCUUUCUUCGUGGUAUUUCACUCCUGUUUAUUGAAAACUUUGACCAAAGCUGCUCUAAGUAGCUGGCAUCGUGAGAACAGGACGGAUUCCAAAAUCAGGGAAGCUUUCAGGAGACUCCUGGACCAGCGGAUCUUCUGAAGAGCAAUGCUAAGAAGACUUUUGGUUUAAAGAAGUAAAAGGAAGAACAACUUCUUCGGGUCAGAAGAUCUUCUUCAAAGUUUCCUGCAUGAAAAUUAUUUAAACGUUGCACACAAAUCUUUUGUGCAGGAAGAAAAAGAAAUUCAGUUUGUGGGUCUCCCCAGGAGUUAAGCUCAUGCUGCUGGAAAUAAUGCUGAAAAAGAAGCACUUACCUGCAGGCAGAGUGCCCCUGAUUCUCUUCCUGUGCCAGAUGAUUAGUGCCCUGGAAGUACCUCUCGAUCCAAAACUUCUUGAAGACUUGGUACAACCUCCAACCAUUACUCAACAGUCUCCAAAAGAUUACAUUAUUGACCCUCGGGAGAAUAUUGUAAUCCAGUGUGAGGCCAAAGGAAAGCCUCCUCCAAGCUUCUCCUGGACCCGGAAUGGGACUCAUUUUGACAUAGAUAAAGACCCUCUUGUCACCAUGAGGCCUGGCUCGGGAACCCUCACCAUCAACAUCAUGAGCGAAGGGAAAGCGGAGCCCUAUGAAGGAGUCUAUCAGUGUACAGCCAGGAACGAACGCGGAGCCGCGAUUUCCAACAACAUUGUCGUCCGUCCAUCCAGAUCACCGUUGUGGACCAAAGAAAAACUUGAACCAAUAAUACUUCGAAAUGGCCAGUCUUUGGUACUUCCCUGCAGACCUCCGCUUGGGUUACCACCACCUAUAAUAUUCUGGAUGGAUAACUCCUUUCAAAGACUUCCGCAAAGUGAGCGAGUUUCCCAGGGUCUGAAUGGAGACCUUUAUUUCUCCAACGUCCUCCCAGAGGAUACCCGCGAAGACUACAUCUGUUAUGCCAGAUUUAAUCACACUCAAACCAUACAGCAGAAACAGCCUAUUUCUGUGAAGGUGAUUUCAGUGGAUGAAUUGAAUGACACUAUAGCUGCUAACUUGAGUGACACUGAGUUUUAUGGUGCUAAGUCACAUAGAGAGAGGCCACCGACAUUUUUAACUCCGGGAGGCAACACAAGUCGCAAAGAGGAGUUAAGAGGAAAUGUCCUUUCUCUCGAGUGCAUUGCAGAAGGGCUGCCCACCCCAAUUAUUUACUGGAUAAAAGAAGAUGGAACACUCCCCGUCAACCGGACCUUUUAUAGGAACUUUAAGAAAACUCUGCAGAUCACUCAGGUUACAGAAGCAGACUCUGGAAGUUACCAGUGUAUAGCGAAAAAUGCACUGGGAGCCAUCCAUCACACCAUUUCCGUCACAGUUAAAGCUGCUCCGUACUGGAUCAUAGCACCUCAAAAUCUUGUGCUGUCGCCUGGAGAGGAUGGGACCCUGAUCUGCAGAGCUAAUGGCAACCCCAAACCCAGAAUUAGCUGGUUGUCGAAUGGAGUCCCGAUAGAAAUUGCCCCCGAUGAUCCCAGCAGGAAAAUAGAUGGCGAUACCAUUAUUUUUUCAAACGUUCAAGAAAGAUCAAGUGCGGUGUAUCAGUGCAAUGCCUCUAACGAAUAUGGAUACUUGCUGGCAAAUGCAUUUGUAAACGUGCUGGCUGAGCCGCCACGAAUCCUUACGUUUGCAAACAUCCUCUAUCAGGUCAUCGCCAACAGGCCUGCUUUCCUCGACUGUGCCUUCUUUGGGUCUCCUCUGCCCACCAUUGAGUGGUUUAAAGGCGCUAAAGGCAGUGCUCUUCGCGAAGAUAUUUAUGUUUUACAUGAAAAUGGAACUUUGGAAAUCCCUGUGGCCCAGAAGGAUAGUACGGGAACGUAUACGUGUGUCGCAAGGAAUAAGUUAGGAAUGGCAAAGAAUGAAGUUCACUUAGAGAUCAAAGAUCCAACAAGGAUCAUUAAACAGCCCGAAUAUGCAGUCGUGCAAAGGGGGAGCACAGUGUCCUUUGAAUGCAGAGUGAAACACGAUCACACCUUAAUCCCCACUGUCAUGUGGCUGAAAGACCAUGGUGAGCUGCCCAGUGAUGGAAGGUUCACCAUUGACAAGGACAACUUGGUGAUAGCUGAUGUAAAUGACCAAGAUGGGGGCACCUACACGUGUGUGGCCAACACGACCCUGGACAGCGUUUCUGCCAGCGCUGUGCUCAGCGUUGUCGCUCCUACUCCAACUCCAGCUCCCAUUUACGAUGUCCCAAAUCCUCCUUUUGACUUGGAAUUGACCGAUCAACUUGACAGGAGUGUCCAGCUGUCAUGGACCCCAGGCGAUGACAACAACAGUCCUAUUACAAAAUUCAUCAUUGAGUAUGAAGAUGCAAUGCAUGAGGCAGGGCUGUGGCACCACCAGACUGAGGUCCCCGGGACGCAGACCACAGCCCAGCUCAAGCUGUCGCCAUACGUGAACUACUCCUUCCGAGUGAUGGCAGUCAACAACCUGGGAACCAGCCUGCCCAGCGAGUCAUCUGAGCAGUAUUUGACUAAGGCCGCAGAACCAGAUAAAAAUCCCACGGCUGUGGAAGGGCUGGGAUCCGAGCCCGAUAAUUUGGUGAUUACGUGGAAGCCUUUGAGUGGUUUCGAAUCUAAUGGGCCAGGCCUUCAGUACAAAGUAAGCUGGCGCCAGAAAGAUGGCGACGAUGAAUGGACGUCUGUGGUUGUGGCCAAUGUGUCCAAAUACAUCGUCUCGGGCACGCCGACCUUUGUUCCGUACCUGAUCAAAGUUCAGGCCCUGAAUGACGUGGGGUUUGCGCCAGAGCCAGCUGUAGCCACGGGGCAUUCUGGAGAAGACCUCCCAAUGGUGGCUCCCGGGAAUGUGCGCGUAAGUGUGGUGAACAGUACCUUGGCCGAGGUGCACUGGGACCCAGUACCUCUGAAAAGUAUCCGAGGACACCUGCAAGGCUAUCGGAUCUACUACUGGAAGGCACAGGGCUCGUCUCAGAGAAACAGGCGCCAUCUUGAGAAGAAGAUCCUCACUUUCCAGGGCAGCAAGACCCACGGCAUGCUGCCCGGGCUGGAGCCUUUCAGCCACUACACACUGAACGUCCGAGUGGUCAACGGGAAGGGGGAGGGCCCGGCCAGCGCCGACAGGGCCUUCAAUACGCCGGAAGGAGUCCCCAGCGCUCCAUCCUCUUUGAAGAUUGUGAAUCCAACACUAGACUCUCUCACUUUGGAGUGGGAUCCACCAAGCCACCCGAAUGGCAUUUUGACUGAAUACACCCUAAAAUAUCAACCAAUUAACAGCACACAUGAACUAGGCCCUCUGGUAGACUUGAAAAUCCCUGCCAACAAGACCCGCUGGACUUUAAAAAAUUUAAAUUUCAGCACUCGGUACAAGUUUUAUUUCUAUGCACAAACUGCAGCAGGGUCAGGAAGUCAAAUCACAGAGGAAGCAGUGACCACCGUGGAUGAAGCUGGUAUUCUUCCACCUGAUGUAGGUGCAGGCAAAGUUCAAGCAGUAAAUCCCAGGAUCAGCAAACUUACUACUGCCGCCGCUGAGACCUCUGCCAGUGUCAGUUGGAAAUAUGAGGGACCAGAGCAUGUGAACUUUUAUGUUGAAUAUGGUGUAGCCGGCAGCAAAGAAGAAUGGAGGAAAGAAAUUAUAAAUGGUUCUUGGAGCUUCUUUGGGUUAAAGGGUCUAAUGCCAGGAACAGCAUACAAAGUUCAAGUUGGUGCUGAGGGGGGGGCCUUUGUGAGUUCAGAGGAUGUGUCUGAGACAGGCCCAGCAAUGGCGAGCCGGCAGGUGGAUAUAGCGACUCAGGGCUGGUUCAUUGGUCUGAUGUGUGCUGUCGCUCUCCUUAUCUUAAUUUUGCUGAUUGUUUGCUUCAUCAGAAGAAACAAAGGUGGUAAAUACCCAGUUAAAGAAAAGGAAGAUGCUCAUGCGGAUCCUGAAAUCCAGCCUAUGAAGGAAGACGACGGUACUUUUGGAGAAUAUAGUGAUGCUGAAGACCACAAGCCUUUAAAAAAAGGCAGUCGAACACCUUCAGACAGGACUGUGAAAAAAGAAGACAGUGACGAUAGCCUAGUUGACUAUGGAGAGGGGGUGAACGGCCAGUUCAAUGAGGACGGCUCCUUUAUCGGACAGUACAGCGGUAAGAAAGAGAAAGAGCCAGCUGAAGGAAACGAAAGUUCCGAGGCACCUUCUCCGGUCAACGCCAUGAAUUCCUUUGUUUAAUUUGUCUGCCCUUUGCCAACAUCCCACUUCUCUAGAAUGUCUCUCUUAAGCCCACAUUGGUCAGCCUUCUCAGACUGUGAACAUAGAGGCAGAAAGCAGACGUUCUGCUGCGUGUUCCUAUCAUGAGAACAGUUAGAGCGAGAACGUAACUCAGUCAAAUGAUACGUUAAUGUGAAAUGCAGUGCAAAGUGCAUCCUUCCUUCCUUCAAGAUGGGUAUUGUUGAUUUCCUCAGACCUGAUCAGAGUAACGCCAUGCCAUCCACAGAUCGCGUCCUUUCCUCUUCAGGACACAGUUCCAUGUGAUGCAUGAAAAAUGCUCCACCUUUCAAGGACAUACCUGCGUAUCUUAUUCAAACAUGCGUUGAUACCUUGUUUAUACUGUCCUCAGCUAAACCCCUAAAAAUGAAUUCCGUUUUCCUUGUCAAGAGUGUUACUGUAGUAUCCUCUAGAACUUCAAUGUCUUUGUGGACAUUGUCGUGAAAUUGGUGACUCUAUGUCUAGCUGUCAUUAGUCUUUUUGGGAGACUGUUAGGAACCGUAUGUACAGUAUUCAUGUGCUAAGUGAGAUCAUUAUGACAGUUGCAUUUGCCGAUGCUCACUGGGACUCUUACCUGCUCUUUGCUCUUGUUACUCAAUAGCCUUCUUAAUCUUCCAGGUAUUACAGCAGUGCAGUGUUCUACUUUUUACAUCAUCUCCGUAUUCAGUGGUUUUCAGGCAUAAACAAUGCGUAUUGCAAUGCAUUCUGGCAUCGGUGCUGUCUUGAAAGCAUCAGAAACACAGCGCUCCCAUUAAAUUUCACAGAUUAUUCCAGAAAGCACAGGGCAAGACACAUGCAGUGCCUUCAGACAAGAAGCAUUCCACGACAAACUGCCUUCGGUAUCGCUCAGUAACAGUCGACUCAGAGACUUAGAUCACUGUCAUUGUCUAAAAGUAACUUUUAAAAAGCAUAGUUAAUGAAAACUGCAGUGCUGGGGGAAAAAAAGGAAUUGUGAAAAUAAAAUUCAUAAGACAGUUUUUAUGAGGCAUUUUCCCCUCGUAUGUAUAAAAAGCAAAGCUUUAUCACCAGCUGGAACUUGUGACGAUUUUGUGGUCUUUUAUGGUUUCGAUUAAAACAAGUCACAUUCAGUAAGGAAGAUGUCAACUUGGUAGAAAAUUUAAAAAAAAAACCAAAAACCAGUUAUUCCCAAACUAAUAGCAUACAACAGCAUGCCAACAGGAAUAUAUUUUUCUCUAUGUCUUUACCUACAUGGCAGCUUUGGAAACUCUCUGCAGCAUUAAACAACGUGUGUGCAAGUUGCUAUGAAUGUCUUUCAGAAGCUAAGAAAACUGACAGGGGCCAGUAGUCAAACAGAAAUCUGACAAGGCCAAUAGUCAAGGUGAUUACAUCUGCAGUUUCAAAACCAAACCUCUGUGUCCUCCCGUAUUUGUAGCAAUCUCUAUCAAACGGUCUCCUUCCUUCCCGGUAUGGAAUUUGAUAACAACCUAUGGUUGAAGGAAUGCUUGGUUUCGUUUGCCAAUAAAUUUGGUUUCCCAUAACUUGCAUCAAGUUUAAUUUUAAGUAAAGCUUUUUAUAUGUAGAUAUUUUGUUGAAUUUGUAAAUACCAUUACAGCAUAGAUACUAUGUGCUUACGGGUGUAACGUACAGGUAAAUAUGCAGAAGGUGUUUAUGUUGGACUGUAGGAGACGGUAGCCGGUUAAUACAGUGCAUGAGAUGGGGACGCAUUUACUUAAAUGCCUUUGGGUUUUUAUUUUUCCUUUUUGCCGUGAAGCUGAAAUAGUGAACAGUUUUACGUACUGACAGCAGGCUUCUAGAUGAAAUCUUCAGAGCUUUGCCUGAGGGGCUCCAUAAGUCCAGUACCUUUGAUACAUGUAGGUAAAGCACACUUUGGAGUAAUCCCAGGUAAAGAGGUCCCUAACUAGUUUCCUGUCUCCAUAUUCGCAGGACAAAUAUCAGCCUUCCUGAUGGAAAUACAAAGACAGAACAGGCUGGCCUUGGCACCACAGAGCACAAAUUAAAAAGCUCCUUUACAUUUGCCCGUGUGUGGGGGGAACCAGUAAAAGUACAGGCUUUACUCUUCCCUAACGGUAGAUGCUGAAUUUAUCUGUGCAUGAAGGAAUCACUGCUGUAAUAGUGCAACAGAGUUCGUAUUAAAAAUUAAACGUGGAUUUAAAAGCCCCUCUCUCUUUCGUGAUACAUCCUGUUCCUAGUGCAGUGUGACAGUCCAAGUCACGGUCUCUGCAGUGGUGCAGGCGGAUGUGCCCGGAUUUCUGUCCAAAAGUAGCUAUCAAACAGCUGUAAUCUCUUUGUGAUUUUUAACUUCUUCAAACCUGUGUUUCCUAAUGCUUUAAAACAGCAUACAUUCUGAUGUUUGCUCUUAAGAGGCAGAGAAGAUUCAACAUAAAACUAAACACAGCAUACAAGAGAACUCAUAAAAGAGGGGCAUCUCAAACCCUGUCAUUCAGAGCAGGAGAAGAUGCCGCUAGGCUGGAGAGGAGCAGUCUGAGAAGCCGGAUGCUGCAUCCUUUACCGAAGCCUGACCUCCGCAGCCGGUUCCCGGCUGCCUGCUGUCAGCCUCUCAUCUGCCCGCUUGGACUUCCCCUCUCUGCGGCCGCAGCACCUGGAUUCCAUCGCCUGUCCUGCAGGACGGGACAGUUUGGGCUUUGACAAGUAUCACGAGUGGGCCCUUCACUCCCUUCUCAACAGCCCAGUUCUUCUCACUGUCUCACUCCUGUCCAGCUCAGCAAACAGCCAAGACCUGACUUGUUCCUCCACCUGCCCUUACUCACCUGUCACCUGGUCCCAGCUUUCCACCCACGAGACCUUCUGCUGGCACAGAGCUCCUCUUCCGUACACAGUUACUUGGGUAGCAACAUGGUAUAGAAGUCAACCAUCAAAUGCUAAAAACCCUAUAUAGAUCCUUGUAUUUCUACCACAGACAGUGUUCACUACGGUGCAGCAUCCCCUGGCCACCCCGUGGGCCAGAUUCACAAUCCCCAUCCUCGGGCCUGCCGUCAGUCACAGCUCUGUUUAGCAAUGGGGGCUGGCCCGUUGCCAGCUUGACAACAAAAAGCACUGGUCCACGGAUGCCUUCUUGUUCAGAUGGUUUGUAAUGGCCCUGGUUUCCUUUUAAUGUCUGAGUUUGGAAAUAGCUUGUGGAGGCAAAGGAAAGAAAGGCAAAGAACUGAGAAUUCUCACCCAAACUCCUCAAAUCUCUUGCUCUCAGGAGGUUUUUCUACAAAUUACCACCAGAGGGCUCCUGUACUUUAUUCAGUGCAAAAGAAACUGGGGGAGAACAAAGCUGGAGAAACCACCUUUGAGAAUUAGAUUGGGGUCUGAUAGUGCAGAUGAUGAUUACCUGCUAUAACCGUGGAGAAUGGAGUUCGCAACUUUCUCUGACGAGUUCACGACUUCCAGGAAGUUAUGUUUGUGUCACCGUGACCCUCGUUAAUCUUCCUUUUAUUGAUUGUGGCUGGUCAGUAGGGGGAAGAGAAGGAGGUCUCCUGGCUCCCACUAGACACCCCCUCACUGCUGCAAGCUGGUGGGGGUGAGGGAGUGUGACCCUAAAAUGGUCCCCCUCUUUCUCCAGAGCGUGCCAUGUGUCUGUCCCUGGCGGUUUGAUGUUUUGUGAUUGGAUAGCAUGAGAGGCAUGGUUUAAGCACAGGCAGCUUUUAUUUUUCACUUGAGAAAAAGCAAGAGAGGGCGAGAAUACUACUAGAGUAUUUCUAUUAAAUAAACAAGCAAAGAUUUCCCAGGUUGAGGCAGAAAGAGAUGUACGUUCCAGCUCUGCCGUCAACCAGCUGUGUGGCUGUGUCUCAGUGACCCCACCACUUGCCACCUCUCCGGCCUCUGUUUCUUCGACUUUAAAAUGACAGAAAGCAGAUGACUUCUAAUAUCCCUUUCUGCUUAAACCCUGUGGUUCUCAGGAACCACCCCCACCACCACCCCCACCACCACCAAAAGAAUUUGUUUUUUUGAGCACCUGCUGACAGGCAGGUAUUCUGCUGAAUUGGGAGGGGAGGGAUGAGCAAAACCAGAUGUGGUUCCUGCUCUCAUGGUGCCUGGAGUCUGGAGUGGGAGGACAGACGUUAAUUAAAUAACUACCUGAAUGAAUGUGUUCUUCCACCGAGAUACACGCUAUGGAGGGAAGGCAGCAUGUUCCUCGAGAAGCUGACCUGUGCAGAGUGGUCAGGACACGUCCCUGAGAUGCUGGGAGAUGGUAGGACAGAGCUCUGCCUCUGGAGCAGAUGCAGGAGCCGGACCCUGCUGGAUCCUGAGCACAGAAGGAUUGGUUUUUAUAUUUAUUCAAGGAGCAGUGGGAAGUGGGGAGUAAUUGAAGGGUUGAAGUAAAGGGUUAUGUGACCAGAUCUGUGUUUGGGGAGGAGGUGGAAUUCAUAGGAUUUCAUGUAGAGGAUGGGCUGGGAGGAGCCAGAGAGGUUGGUGAGAAGCCACUUGAAAACUUGUCAGUACUCAGACAAGAGAUGAGAGCAGUCGGACCAGAUCCUAUCACUGGAGCUGGAGAGAGGCGGGUGGAUUCUAAAGACAUGUAGGAAGGAAACUGAUGAGAGCAUUAGACUAGCCAUGGGAGGCUGAGGGAAAGGGAUCAAAGACGGUGAUUAGAUUUCUGACUUGACUCACUAGACAUGAGGUUCACUCGGGUGGGAACAUGAGGAUAAAACCAGAUUUGGGGGUAACUUUUGAGUUCAGGUUAAUAAAUGAGUUUGAAAAGCCUCGGAGACAUCCAAGUGGAAAUCACUAGUAGCAGUUGGAUAUAGGGGCUUAAUGCUCAAAAGAAACUUCUAAGAUGGUAAGUAGUGAUUGAGGCUGUGAGACCCAGGAUAAGAUUGCCUUAGGAGAAAACAGAGACCAGGGGGCUGAGGAUUAUACCCUAUUAAGAAAUUUCAUAUACAGUGGAUACGGGGAGGCAGGUGGACCUCCAAAAGAAACCAGUAAACAGGAGCCAGAGGAGCUGGGAAGAAGUAAGCGGAGUGUAUCAUCUUGGAAGCCAGAGAGACAAUUUGAAGAAUAGGGAAUGAUUCACAGUGUCACAUAAUGCCCCCAAAAUUGAGCAAAAUUAGGAUCGGAAACUAUUUUUUGGAUUUGAACAUAUGGAGGUCAUCUGAGAAAGAGAAUAGAGGCCAGCAUCAUUAUAAAGUCAUAAAAUCGGGAGACCUGCUUAUUUUUCUCAGGUGAGCUUGCAUCCUCACACUCCACAAUGACUAUUUCAAAUCUUUUCCACUCUCCUCAAACAUUCAACUCUACCCCCUCUCCCCACCCAGCCUCACAACAGAUCACGUGCUACAGAAUGACUGUCCAUCACAAUUCACUAAAGAAAAAAAAAGUAAAAGCAGAGAUGGGAAUUCCCUCAUCUUGCCAGCAAAUCAAAAUGCCUGUCUCACUAUGCCCCAUCCUCUCCCUCUGUCCCUACCUUCUAUUAAAAUUGGGGAUCAGCCCUCCUGCCUAUGUCUGGGAACCCCUCUCCUCCUUGGUGGAUUUUUACCCAUCUUAUCCCUUCUUCUGCUCAGCUGGAUGGUCUACUGCUGUUUAAACACCAAGUCUCUCCCUUCUAAAACUAACAGACCUUGGAAACCUUUGAUUCCCCUCCCCAUUACCCCAUUCAGUUACCAUUUUCUCUCCUCCACUUCCUGGUCCAGAUGGUUGAAAAAGUUGAAAUAAUCCCAGAAAAAGAAAAUGAGGAUAAUCAUAGAAGCUACUAUUUGCCAGACAAUGCAGUCUUUGUUCCUUUGAUAGCCAUCAGACCUCUUUAGUCUCACUCAGUUUGUCCUAGAGACACUGUCUUUCUUCAGCUGGAACUAUUUAGCUAUUAUCCUAGUGAAAGACUCAACAAACUUUUUUUUAAAUCGACAACCUAUGUGCUUGUGUUUGUGUGUGUGUGUGCGUGUGCGUGUGCGUGCAGACUCAGCCUGCACAUUGGACUCACCUAGGAGCUUUAAAAAUCCUCAUGCCUGCCCAUCCACCGGCAUUGUGUCUCUUGUCUGAGAUGUAGCCUGUCCAUCAGGAUUUUUCAAAGCUGCCCACAUGGUUCUAAUAUGCAGCCAAGAAUGAGAUCAGCGUAAAGAAACGACACAUUAACCACAGUCUUGCGUGUGCACUUACUUAAUGAACAGUAUUUUGAAUACAUUUCUUCAUAUAGGUUGAUCUCAACUUCUCUUGUAUUCGUCCCAUUAAAAAAAAAAAACACCACAUAUCUAAGGAAAACGAAUCCCGCAUUACUGGUAGGAUUAAAAAAUGGUGCAGCCACUUUGGAAAACAGCUUGGCAGUUUCUUAAAAUGUGAAAUACAAAUUUACCUUAUGACCCAGAAAUUCCACUCAUUAGGUAUAGACCCAAAAGAAAUGGGAAAAAAAAGCCCAUGCAAAGACUUGUAUGUGAUGGUUCACAGAAGCAUUCAUCAUAAUAGCCAAAGAAUAAGCCAGUUGUCCAUGAACUGUUGAAUAAAUAAACACAAUGUGGUCUAGCCAUACAAUUAAACAGUCAAUCUAGCAGGGUGGAUAUAGGUCAGUGGUAGAGCACAUACAUAGCAUGCCCAAAGUCCUAGGUUCAAUCCUUGGUACACACACACACACACACACACACACACACACACACACACACACACACACACAAAAUCAAUCCAUGCAGUUAAAUGGAAUAGUAUUUGGCAACUUUUUUUUACAUACAGCAUAGGGGGUCCUUGGUAACAUUAAGCUAAAUUAAGAAGCCAGACACAAAAGACCACACACCGCGUGAUUCCAUUAACUUGAAAUAUCCAAAAAAGAAAACCAGUAAAGACAGAAAAUAGAUGAGUGGUUGUCUGGGACUGCAAAGGGGAGCAAGGAUUAACUGCACAGUGGCAGGAGGGAUUUUACUGGAGUAAUGGAAAUGUUCUAAAACUGGAUCGUGUUGAUGAUGGCACAACUUGGUAAAUUUAUUUAAAAAAUCAUUGAAUUGUAUACUUAAAACAAGUGAAUGAGUGGUUUGUAAGUUAUACCUCAAUAAAGCUGUUAAGAGAAACCA